AUGGAGAAAGGAAAUUAUUCACUUGUGACUGAGUUCAUCCUCAUAGGGCUAACAGACCAGCCUGAGCUCCAGAUGACAUUCUUCUUCCUGUUCUUAGUCAUGUAUAUAGUCACUGUGAUGGGGAACCUGGACAUAAUUAUACUUACUUGGCUGAGUUCUCAUCUUCACAAUCCAAUGUAUUAUUUCCUCUUCAAUUUGUCCUUCAUUGAUCUCUGUCAAUCAACUGUCAUCACACCCAAAAUGCUAGUGAACUUUAUGUCAGAGAAGAACACCAUCUCUUAUUCUGACUGCAUGACUCAGUUCUAUUUUUUUGGUUUUUUUGCCAUUUCUGAAUGUCACAUGUUGGCUGUGAUGGCAUAUGACCGCUAUGUGGCUAUAUGCCAUCCCCUUCAUUACAGUCUUAUUGUGUCCUAUCAAGUCUGCUCAUGGUUGGUGGGUUGGGUGUAUGCAUUGGGCCUUGUUGGGGCCACAGCUCACACAGGUUGCAUGCUUAGAGUGUUUUUCUGUAAGGAAAAUGCAAUUAAUCAUUAUUUCUGUGACCUUCUUCCACUCUUGAAGCUCUCUUGCUCUGGCGUCUAUGUCAAUGAACUGGUGACUCUGGCUUCCAGUACAUUUAGUAUCUUUUUCCCAACACUGACCAUUAUUUGCUCUUAUGUUUUAAUCAUUGCUAGCAUCAUAAAAAUUCAAUCCACUGAAGGCAGAUCAAAAGCCUUCAGCACCUGCAGUUCCCAUAUUGCAGCAGUUGGUGUCUUUGGAUCUCUUGCAUUCAUGUACCUGCAGCCAUCUUCAUUCAGCUCCAUGGGGAAAGUGUCCUCUGUCUUUUACACUAUCAUUGUGCCCUUGCUAAACCCCCUUAUCUACAGUCUAAGAAAUAAAGAUGUCAAAAUUGCAUUGAAGAAAGUGAUACAAAGAAGAAUAUUCCAGUGA